GAAGCUGCCGCUCGUCAGUCAGUCAGUCAGUAGUUUAAAUCUCAGAGAGGGAAACCAGAGCUCUGCUGGACUUCACAAAGAUAUCGUCUCCACUCAUUUUCUACAAUUUGCUAUUAAACCGAGUGAUAUCGUCCUGUGAAACACUAUCGCGAUCUUUACAUCAGUCUCGUGUGUGAUCGAGCGCGAGGAAUAAUGAAACCAUAACCAAUGGCAACAGUCCAGGCCCUGUCUUUGACCCAGGAUCCCAUCAAAAGCACCGGCACCGUUUACCCAGCAUCUUCUCUGGCAUCGGGCCGCUGCGUCAUGGGAAGCGUAGGGAGUCUUAUCGAAAAGUCAGACGCGUCACCUAUAAAUAGUAACAGAGCGGUUCCCCAGGUACCUGGACGUCAGAACAACGGCCUACUGAAGAAAGGAUUCAACCAGAGAGAGUUCCUAAACUAUCUCAACAUCACCAAGAAAGAAUCAAAGAGCAGCAAACACAUCAUCACUGAAACAUCUUCAGUCAAGAGACGCGAGGAAGAGGAGGAAGACGUCUACAUGAAGGUCUAUAAUAGAGAUGGAAAAGAAGUUGAUUUGGGAAAGAACUCACUUCCUAUAGGUGGCAAGUUCGAUAAGGCACGAUUCAGGACCUCGGCCUUCAAACCGGUCACGCCCAAAAACUUCAGCUCCAUGCAGAACCUCUACCCGUCCAAAUCAGAAGAGUUCCAGAGCGGCCUGACCGCCAGCAUGCAUCCGUCCUACACCAAAACGGCAUCCAAAUCUCUGUCCAACUCAUCUUCCUCUUCCUCCCCCUCACGGCCAGGCACGAGCGCUGGCAAGGGCACGUCGGCCCGGGGCCUCGGCCAGGAAGAGGAGAACGCGUCGGACUCCGGGCACAAUUCCAUGAACAGCCUGCCCCCCUAUCGCCCACCGUUCCGCCCUCACUUGGGACAAAUCAGCGCCUCCACGGGUCACAUCAACCACAUAGGGUCACUGGAUCGCACCUCACUGGGCUUCAAGGGGGGAGCUUCCACUGCGACCGACAUGUCCUGCCAAAGCAUGGGCACACUGAACCGUCUACAGUGUUACGGCAGCGAGGCCCCGCCUCCCUAUGAGCUGUCACAUUCACUGGAGGACGUGGUGAGAGAUCUGGAGGAGCGUUUACACGAGAAAGAGCACGAGCUGAGACAGAUGAGGAGGAACCUGGAUGAAAGUGAAGAUGCCAUUGCGCAGGUUUUUGAAGGGAAACAGCGUCUUUGGGAGAAGGAAGUGACCGAACUAAAGCAUCUCUAUAUGGCCAAACUGCGUCAGAUAUCCCAGCAGUCUCAGCGUUCACAACGAAACAUGCAGCUACAGCUUUAUAAAGCACAGCAGGAACGCAAUCGACUGAAGGAGGAACUGGAUUCUCUCAAACUGGACUACCGGACCCUAAAAAGUCAAAGUGCUCCUUCAAGUCAGAACAUUAAUCCUCAGCUGGAGGAAACCCAAUGGGAGGUCUGUCAGAAGUCUGGAGAAAUCUCUUUAUUGAAGCAGCGGUUACGAGACUCGCAGGCAGAGGUCACGCAGAAGCUGAGCGAAAUGUUUUUAUUGAAAACUCAGCUGCACGAAGCGCGCAAUGAGAUCCGAUCUAAAGACGAUCAGAUCGACACGCUGCAGACGGCCCUACAGGGCGCCCGGCGUAAAUGCCUUUUGCCUGCUUUAGAGGACGGUCGAGAGGACGCAGAAGAGACCGGAGGACCCAGCCAAACGGAGGAGCGUCUCCGAGCUGAACUUCUCCUGGAGAGACGUCAGAACGAAGCGCAGGCUUCAGCGUUUGAAGUGGAGAGGAGCACGUGGCAGAUCGAGAAAGAGAAAGUCAUACGAUAUCAGAAGGAGCUGCAGGCCAGCUAUCUGGAGAUGUACCACAAGAAUGAGGCCUUGAAGAGAGAACUGGCAUUACUGAGAGGGGGCGGGGACAGAGUGGAUGAGGGCGGGGCUUUGAUAGAAGAAAACCCACCCACUGGCCUGCCCUGGAUAGAGAGGAUUGAGUCUUCUGAAAUUUGACUUUGUAAAUGCCAACAGCUUUGAUUUCUGAGACUGGUUUAAGAUGAAUAAAUAAAGAAACACCAAAAAUGCAACCAUAUGCAAGCUGAACAUUAUGGGAUGUUUAGAAGAAGGGAUAGAUGUUUAUCUUCUAAAGCAUCAAUGUUAUUUUAAAAAUGAAGUUUGUUCACCUUUAAGAAUGUUGUAAUGAAAUGUAGAGCUUGCAUCAGUGUAAUAGCAUCUGUCCAUUAUACUUAGUUGCUGAAUAUUAUUCUUGUGACAGCUGCUGUUUAUAAAACCAUCAGAUUUAAAGCAUCAGAUUUUUGUGCUGCCAUUCAACAGAGACUGAACUGAAAAGCAUGUUGCACUUUAAACACACACACACACACACACACACACACACACACACAGCUCAAGAGUUGUCUGCUUGUUUGUUUGUCUCUCUUGCAUUGGAUAAAUGUUAACAGCUAAUGUGUGUCUUCAUUCAUUCAUUCAUCUGGUGAGCUCUUCCAGAAAUGCAUGAAUGUGAAAGUAAAAUACUGGAAGUUAUCUCACAGAUGUCUGUCAGGUUACUAGUCAACUAUACUGUGAUUUGUUUUAAACUACUGAGUGUCAUCUCUUUCAUGUAUUAUGAAUUGUAUAGAUUUGGACUAUAGACGCAUGAUCUCUUCUUUACCUCAACGCUGGCAUUUUACUUUAACGUGACUGAAGAUUUUCUUCCUUCUUCUUUAUGAGCUCAAAAAUGUGUCUUCCAGUUCAAAUAAAAGUGUGAAAAGUU